AUUGUAUUUGUAUACAACUGCUACAAUAGAAGUUUUUUUUACUACCAUGGCUGGCUUAUAUUUUGAUAUUAUAACUACAUCACAAGGACUUGUGCUAUACUUUUAUGGAUAUGGUGCAAGAAUUAUGGAAAUAUUUACUAAAAUAAUGACUCUUUUUGAGCAUUUGAGUUUUCCUUUUGAUAAGUUCGAGCGAUUAAAUUCGAUUAUUUUUUCUGGCGCCCAACAAAAGUUUGGUAUGCAACCUUCUUAUUUUGUAAAAACCGAAUUGGAGGAUAUUCUUGCAUCAGAAACAUUAUCUAUAGCUGAUACAAUCAUUUUAUCAGAACAGUUUGAACAUCCUGAUAUUAAUGCUUUUUUUUAUGAUUUUUUAAACAAUCUCCAUUUUGAUAUUUUAGUAACAGGAAAUAUUCCUCCACAAGAUGCAUUGCAUAUUCUUUAUCUACUAGAAGCACUAUUUACUCCGAAUCCUUUAAUGUCUUCUCAAUAUACCGGUCCACGUGCAUUAACUCUACAAGAAGGUUCCAAUUAUUUUCGUGUUCAAAGAAUGCCUAGAAGGGAAAGAAGAUCUGCAGCUCUUGUAUAUUUUGAAGGUACUCAUACCUCUAACUUAAGAAGAAAGAAAUUGCUUUUUAUAAUAUACCUUAUACUGCGUGAGCCUCUGUUUCACGAAUUAAGAACAAAAGAACAAUUGGGUUAUGUUAUAGAAAGUGAUAUAAUAGCUUCAAAAACCAUUCUAGGAUAUUAUAUUAUAGUUCAAACCGAAAGACAGCCACAUGUAGUGCACUCUCGAAUUGAUGUAUUUUUCGAUAAUAUGUAUAAAAGGCUCCUUAAUAUGUCGUCCGAGGACCUUAUUCCCUAUUUGGAAGGCCUUGACAUCCUAUAUUAUUCGGAGCCUCUCGAUAUUGUGGAAGAAACUUCUAGUAUUUGGACUAAUAUAGUCGAUGGCACUUAUAGUUUUCAAUAUAGAGGCAAAUCUACGAACGCUCGUCCUAUAGAACUCCGUGAAGUUAUACAACUAUAUGAAGAACUGUUUUAUUCCAGAAAGCGAAAAAUUUCAUAUCAUUCAUUUUCCACUAUUGGUGCCGAUAUUUAUAACGUUUUUGAUCUUCCACUUGGUACGCUUUCUGAAUAUUUUACUACUAAAGGACAAGAUGUUUCAAAAGAGCAGCUUCGUGAACUUGUAUUACUUUCUCAUGAUAUUCCGAGUUUUCAAACUAGAUUGUUUGAACAUUUAUUAACUAAGAAUAAGGACAAUAGUACCGUAAAUUCCAUGCUUAAUGAUGCAUUUAGUUAUCUCAGAAGUUUAUAUAAAUUGGAAAAAGAAGAAAUCAUUAAACCUUUGGAUUUAAUUAAAGAUUUAGGAAUAUUUAAAGCUAAUGCGACCUUAUCUUCAAGUUAUGUUAACAGGGCAUUGUGGAGUAAAUUUUAUAAAUAGAAAUGGCUUUUGGAUUAUUAGAAUGGAUAACAUGUUUUAUUAAUUU